AGCAGCAGCAGGACUCCUCUCCUCUCUGGACCUCAUGUCUCAUCAUCAUGGCUCCGCUCAGAUCCACUUCCUGUGAAAUGAGUGGACGUUUGCGCGUGCACGGACUGCACCGAGCCGCUGAGUGGAUUUAAACUCGGAUUGCUGUGAUUCUUUUUUUUUUUUUUGUCCUUCUUCUUUUUUGUGUUAAAGAGGAGUCGCUCCUGUUUGCAGUCCUCCGGGUUCCUGCAGAACUCCAGAGCCCAUGCAGUCUCAAAGGGAGAGGAGUGAAGCGCGACCCCGAGCUGGAUGGAUGGUUAUGGGGGAAAGAGGGAGACCCUCCUCGGUGCUUGAAGUGUGCAGAGUCCUCGCUGUGCUUUUCUCACUUUUCCCCUCCGUGAGUCUGCAGUGCAAGAUCCAGAAGUGCAACACUGAGUAUUUGACCUCGCCCUUGAACUCUGGACCGGAGAAGGACACGUGCGCGGCGCUGCGAGUCUACUACAGCUGCGUGGUCCGGACGACGCGCUCCUGCAGGGGCGACCUGUCGUAUCACGCCACCAAGCAUGGCAUCGAGGACUUGAUGAAACAGAACAACUGCUCGAAGGACGGGCCCACGUCCCCGCCUCGGGCCAGGACCCCGCUUCCUCCGCCGCCGCUUCCUCCGGUCCUGACCGACAGCCAGGAGCGCUCCGAUGGGCCCGAGGUGUGCCACUACGAGCGCAGUCUUCCGCGCAACACGGCAUCGCCCAACUACACCCAUUGCGGCUUCUUCGGGGACCCGCACCUGCGGACGUUUGGCGACGACUUUCAGACGUGUAGGGUGGAAGGAUCCUGGCCCCUGAUCCACAACAAGUUCCUGUCGGUGCAGGUGACCAACUCCCCUGUGCUGCCAGGCUCGAUGGCCACAGCAACGAGCAAGCUGACAAUCAUCUUCAGGAGUUUCCAGAAAUGCGUGGAGCAGAAAACGUACCACGCCGAGACGGACGAGCUGCCCGCCGCCUUCGCCGACGGCUCCAAGAACGGAGGCGACCCCAACGGAGGCAACACCCUGCGCGUGGUGGAGAAGGUCCCCGGGCAGCACGUGGAGAUCCAGGCCAGGUACAUCGGGACGACCAUCGUGGUGCGGCAGGUCGGCCGCUACCUCACCUUUGCCGUGCGCAUGCCCGAGGAGGUCGUGAACUCUGUGGAGGAAGGCGAUAACCAGGACUUGUACUUGUGCCUCCACGGCUGUCCCUCCAACCAGCGCAUCGACUUCAGGAACUUUAAAGCUGGAGCGGCGGAGGCUCACGGCACGGUCCGAACCAGGAGCGGCGCCGGGACGCACGGCUUCACCUACCAGUCGGCUAAGGCCAAGUGCAAAGAGCGCCUUCCAGUGGAGGAUCUGUACUUCCAGUCCUGCGUGUUCGACCUCCUCUCCUCUGGAGACAUAAACUUCACCAUGGCGGCCUACUACGCCUUUGAGGAUGUAAAAAUGCUGCACUCCAACAGCAAAAGAUACCACAUCUAUGAAAACAACGCUCUGAGCGCCGCCGCAAACCCACACAAAGACCCACGUGUGGUUUUCCUCCUGGCCGUCUUACUGUGGACCGCGUGUUGCACAGUCCCCCUGUAGUCUGUUCACACCGGUGUCUUCAUGUCGUUUAGGUCAGUAGAUGUUAAAGUAGCGUCUCUGUGUCGUGUACCAGCCUCACACUUCUGCCGUGGCUUUGUGUGUUGACCGGUGGUCUGAGCCCGCCCAGCUCCAGGUCUCAUUUUAGUCGUGUAGCCUCAUCUGGACGUCAGGCUGACAACAAGACGGGCUCACCUCCCGCCCGUCUAUCAUCACGUGCAUUUAGCCGCUCUUAAUCUUUGAACAGAGCAGCUCUGGAUUUCUACCUGGGAUUAAAUCCCCACGUUCUCACCAGCGCUGCAUGCCUGUGGGAAGCUGGACAAGAUGAUGUUUUGCAGAAAGAGGGGUUCACUGAUCCCUCUCCUGCUGAUCCGCACAAUGGUGCCAAGCCAGGGAAGCUCUGCGUGGCUCGUGCGGCAAAGCUGGAGGACCUGACAGGAGCUUUUGUUAACCUUCUAGGCCAGAAGCAGCUCCAUGUUUGAUUAGUUUUCAGCUUUGGAGACAGAAAAACGGAGCUUUAUGGAGGAAGCACCCAGCCAGAGGGAUGUCAGAGCAGCGUCUCCAGCCGUCUGCUGUGGAGAUUAAUGGGUCACAUUGUUAGAGUGUGUGUGUGUGUGUGUGUGUGUGCGCGUGUGUGUGUGCACUAGAACAAUAUGUGUGCCGAAUCCAGCAUCUGUGGUUAAUUUUGUGUGUUUGAGAGUGCAGGAGUUUCCAGAUUUGUAUAAAAAGAGCACUCCGGUGGGAGACAUUUUUCUCAUUUUCUUUGUGUUGCACCCAUUUUUUUUCUUUUUGUUGUUGCAGAAAACAUAAAAAGACAGAGUCUGCUCAAACGGGCUCCAUCGGCCAAAUAGCAGACUCCAGUGGGAACUAAUGUAAAGCGGCGUUUACAUUAGUGCACGCACCAGUUUCAGGGACGUUAAAGGUCUCCUGCAUUGUUGGAGCGGACGUGUCGAUCAGCGUUCAGCUGCACCCAUGUGAAGAACGUCUGUCAACAGGUGGAGCGGUGCAGAAACUGCUGUUCCACACGUCACCUUGAGUCAGUGACGCGUCCACAGACUUCCAUUGUAACGACCCGGCUGAGCCGCAGUGACUAAGCAACGAGCAAAUGUCUGGGAACGUGGCUUAAAAAAAACACACACAAAAAAACCGCGCUCUUGUGCCAAGGUUUGUGUCACGCCUGAGUUUUCAUCUUGUAGCUCGGACGUUAGCAGGGUCUGUCUUUUUGUGUUUUGGUGAUCAAAUAUAAAAACCACAUCACGGUCCCUCAGCGUGCACGUCUUCCCCAUAAACGCCGAAGCACGGUUCUACGGUCGCCUAUCGAUCACGCUGAGUUGGAGUUGCGUGCCGUUCGACAACCACACGACUGUGAUGUUGAAUCUUGUUAAUAGACGUACUUUGUACUGCGUGUUUUACCAGUAUCCGUGUAUUUUGUGAAAUUGUACAUACGUGUCGUGAUACUGUGUUGAAUUUAUCUCCAGUUUUGUACUAAAUGUUUUGGUGAAUGUGAGCAUUUUGUAUGUUUUGUUUGAAAAGGGACCCCCCUUUUUUUGUUCAUUUCAACGACACGAGCGCCACAGAGCAGAUCGAUUGUCAGCGACGAGUCACUCGUUUUGUUUUUUUUUAAACAGCCCACCUUUCCUCAAAACGAGAGAAUGUAGGAAGAAAUGCUCUGCGGGGUUCAUGUUUUUGACUUUAAAGCACUUUAUGGGUUUUUUUUUAACUCUUGUUUUUGUGAUUAAAAUAAUUUUUUUAAAUCGUUGAAUGGGAUAAGCCUGAAAGAUCAAAGUGUGUUUUUAUGUAAAUCAUGUGGUUCCACGUGCCAGCUGUUGCUAAUGUAAGUUAUUUAUUGAAUAAAA